UCAGCUGAUCGGCAUUCGUCAGAGGUAAAUGUGAAUUUUAGGAGUUGAGUGCUUGCUGUGAGAUGGAACUCGCUCUUCCUCAAUAUUACCACUGAAUAUGGCACUAGGAAAGAGAGCCUGGUAUAGCCAAGCAUUCUGACUCUUCGCCGAAAGCAUGACAAAGGCCAAUUACGUAAAUUACAUAACACAUUGGUUUUGAAGUCAGACCAAAAUGUGGACGACAUUUUCAAAUCAGCCUGCAGUCUUAGGAGUCACCACUGUGAUUGCUGGUCUUAGUGUAAUUUGGGUCUUCAGGAAGAUUGCCAGAAAGCACAAGAGAAAUCAAUUGAGAAAGCAGUGGAACAAUGCAGGAAAAGAUGUGGUUGUGUUGCAUCAGUUCAUCAGGGGAAAAUAUUGCAUCAACUUGAGCCCUUUUGCCGUCAAAGUGGAGUCUUUCCUGAGGCUGGCUGACAUCAAAUAUGUCGUAGACUCCCAGUUACCCUUUGGACCCAAGGGGAAGUGCCCUUGGAUUACGCUGAACGGAGAAGAAUUGGGAGAUUCCGAGUUGAUUGUUCAGAAACUCUCUGAAUAUUUCAAGGUCGACCUCGACAGCCACUUGGAUACCCGGAAGAAAGCUCAGUUAGAAACAGUGAGGAUAACGGCUGAUGAAUUUGUCUUUUGGUUUGUGAUCACCUGGAGGUACUGGAUAGACGGCUGUGAGAGUUUCCUCAAGUCUCAGUCCUUCUCCUCCUUCCUCAAUGUCAUGUUUCCGCUUUUCAUGAAGAGGGGCAUCAAGGUGAAAGCUCGUUACCAGGGCAUCGGGCAUCACACUCCUGACGAAAUCUAUGGCAUGGCAAAGAGGACUUGCGGGGCCUUAGCCGAUGUGCUAGGGGAUGAUCCAUUUUUCGGUGGAGAGCAACCCAGUACGGCAGAUUGUUCAGUUUUCGGACAGCUAUCGCAGCUCAUGUGGAACGCCCCCGGCUCUCAAUAUGAAGCUCUUGUGACAGAAGUUUACCCUUCACUUAGGGAGUACUGCAACAGAAUGAAGGAGAAAAUAUUCCCUGACUGGAAUAAGCUGCUCAACCCUCCACUGGAAUAGACUUUUAACACUUGAUCCACAAGGCUAGUUCCCUCGUGUCAGAUUUAUUGUAACAUUUGUUAUGCAAGUUACACAAUUUUUGGUCCUUCUACUCUGAUCGCUAUUCCUACACUGUUUCUUGGAUCUUUUGCCCAUAUAGUGCGGAGGAUUUUUUGCUCCCAUACAGACUAGGAUAAUGGUUGGCUUGUAUCAUUGUUCAGUACAGUUCUUGCAGGAUUGUGCUGAUUAACAGGGGCUUAUUAGUUUUUUUUUUUAUAACUGUUGCAGCCUAGGCCCUUUAUCGUUUAGUCUGAAAGAAUUUCUUUUAUUAUUAUUAGUUUUAUUUUCAAUCCUUUCCUCGUCCUACAUGUGAAGACUACGAGUAUAAUUUUUUUUUUAGUGUUGUAGUAUAGAUAUACUAUUGAGACCCGUCUCUUAAAUUUUGUCAAAGCGCAUAUUUGUAAUUAACAAUAACUUGACUCAUGUGGAAUGUAGCCCAAAAUUGAUAUACCUUUUGUACAUAACUGAAAAAUAUAUAACUAAGAAAAACUACUCAGUAAGCAUAGUUUGACUAAUUAAUCGUCAGUAUUAAGUUAAUCAGACAAGGUAACAAUAGCUUUGUUCCGUUGGUCAAAAUAUCAAUGGCUGAAUUCGCUGACGUCACUAGCAGGUUGAAGUAUGGAGAAAGAAAAUCUUGGGGAGUUACAAACUACCGCGUGAAUUUUUCUGUAAAAAACUUACAUCGUCCUAACUAAUCAUGAAACAUGAUUUUGCUAGAGCUGUAUACCUCAUGUAAGUAGAUGAAGAGCACCUGUAAAACACUAUUUUUAUAAAGUAAUUUAAAGGAUGAGCAAAC